CCAGCCAACGCCUCGGCCGGCGCUGGGUAGCUCCUCGGCGGCGUCUCUCGCUGGCCCGGCGGCGGCGACGGAGAUGAGGAUGGCUGCGCAGGCGAGCCCGGCCGAGCGGGCCGUCUUGGAAGAAGAAUUUAAAUGGCUUUUAGGAGAGGAAGUUCACUCCGUCCUUCGUCAGCUGCAAGAGAUCCUGAAGGAGGCUUCUCAUCGGUUUAAUUUGCCAGCCAGCAGUUCAGAAGGGCCUAUAAAACAGGAGAACUUUAUCCUGGGGAGUUCCAAUGUUGACCAGGUGAAAGGAGUCCUAACCCUCCAGGGAGAUGCUUUGUGUCAAGCGGACAUUAACUUGAAAAUGCCCAGAAAUAACCAGUUGGUUCAUUUUGCCUUCCGGGAUGACAAACAGUGGAAACUCCAGCAAAUUCAGGAUGCCAGGAACCAUGUCAACCAAGCGGUCUACCUGCUUACCAACCGGAGUGCCAAUUACCAGUUCAAGACAGGUUCCGAAGUUCUCAAGCUGAUGGAUGCUGUGAUGCUGCAGCUGACACGAGCUCGGAAUCGGCUGACCACUCCUGCCACUCUGAGCUUGCCAGAGAUCGCCAGCAGUGGACUCACGAAAAUGUUCACUCCUUCUCUGCCUCCAGACAUCCUGGUCAAUUUCUACAUCAACCUAAACAAGGUCUGCUUAACGGUCUACCAGUUGCAUCCUUUGCAGCCCAGUUCCACAAAGAACUUCCGGCCAGCUGGAGGGUCCAUCCUGCAUAACCCCGGGUCCAUGUUCGAGUACAGUAACCAAAGAUACGAAGUCAGUCACGUGCACAAGGUAGAGUGCGUGGUACCCUGGCUGAACGAUGCCCUCGUUUUCUUCACCGUCUCCCUGCAGCUUUGCCAGCAGCUCAAGGAUAAGAUUGCUGUGUUUUCCGGGUACUGGAACUACCGGCCCUAUUGAUCUUCCCGCAGAGAGUGGUCCGGUCAGUUUCAGCCACUCCCUUCCCGUGAAGGUCUCAUGAUAUAAACUCUUUUAUCUGCGAAGAACAUCCAGAUUCUGCCACUCCAUGGGUAGUAGUAGCCGAUGGGCAGGAGGAGGCAAUGCCCGCCAUCGGCAUCUUUGUAUUCAGAAUGUCAUUAUUUAUUAGCACUUUAGAAGUAACGUUCAUUUCUUUCCAUGGGCAUCAAAGUUAGGCUGAGCCAAUAAACAACUGGUCAAACGGCGCCCCAUUGGAGGGGGAGGGGAAGUGGUUACAAACAAGGGUGGGAUGAAGAGCCACCUUUGCUGACCCUGUUUGGGCUCGUCUCAGAAAGAUCAAGUAUGGGGUAAAUCCAGGGGUGAAAUCUACUUACUUUCCUUACCGGUCCAGAAGUGCGUGCGCCGCGCCAUCGUCACGUCCGAUUAUUGACCAUCAGUGCAUGCGCAAAGUCUUCUGCGUGUGCACAGAGGGUCAAAAAAUGGUUACUUCCUGGUUAAAUCCAGGAACUAACAAAAUCCGGGCAGGUGGGCAGAGCCUCGCGCUGCUGCCGCUACCGGUUCGCCGAACCAUGUGCCAUCGGCACUACCGGAUUUCACGAGCCGGAUAGCACCAACAGGAUUUCACCACUGGGUGAGCCACAUCUUGUUCCUUUCUUGGCGGAUCCUUGUCACCUUUUGGGUUUUGUUCUUCCUCCUGCCUUGCCCCUUCUCUAGCCCUUUGCACCAUAGAGAUGGUCCACUUCCAUAACGUCAUCAUUGUCUUCGAAAGGGACAGCUGGGUUUUGGUGUAGGCCACCUCCUAUUUUGUAGAAGCAGAUAGACAACUGCUGCUUCAUCAGGUCUUCCAGAGCAGGGGUCUCCAACCUUGGCAACUUUCAGACUGUCUGAAAGUUACCAAGGUUGGAGACCCCUGUUAUAGAGAAUCUUCACUGGCCACCAAACAGUAGGAAAAAAUCAAAGGUGGCCUUGGUAACAAAGUUUAGUUGCUGCUACACAUAACGUGAAUCCUAGUCCGUGCUCCUAAUAUUGUGUGUGAAAUAAACCUCCCUGAUUUAUUGUGGUUCAUGGCUUGGUGUUUUGGAAGGAGAACCUUUGACACAGGAUUUAGGGAAUAUGGGAGAGGUUGUGGGACGUGCAUGAGAGAUGGACAAAUGGAAUGAAUUUCUGCUCACUCCAGAAUGGCUACAUUCGGUCUUCCGGCCAAAGUGACCCAGACAUCCUUUUUCUAGAGAAGAAAGAUCCAGG